AUGUCAAACUCUCAAAAUUGUGCCGGCUGCAAAAAUUCUAUAACGAAUAAAGACUCUCUACAAUGUAUGCAAUGCAAGGGGAAAUACGAUCUGGAUUGUGCAAACAUCAGCCCAAAGAACUUUCGUCAAAUGGAGCGAAAAAAAGAACAUUGGAAAUGCCCGGAAUGUCUAAGCAAACUACCAAAAAGAGGAAAUUCUAACACGCCUGUACGAGGCACCACAGCAACCAUAGAGGGAGGAACAACCUUACGUACGGAUUCAUCCACCGUGUCGCAUGUCCUCAAGAGUGGCAAUCCUAAUGUAACGGUGCGAUCCAAGGUGUUAAAUCCACCCCCACUCAGUGAGACGAGCAACCCAGUACAAGGCGUUGAGAACAUCACCAUCAACUCUUACGCGGAUAUUCUGAAUGAUUUAAAAAUCUACAUGAAAAAUUUAUUGCACGAUGAAAUGGACAGAGUACAAAAAGCUAUCGGUAGUCUUACAAAUUCCAUCAAAGACAAAAACAGCCUGAUUGAGCAACUGGAGGCUAGAGUUUCGAUAUUGGAGAACUUGCCGCCAUGUGACAAACCAGAACUCAAACAAGGUUAUAAAGUAUGUAACGAAUGCUCACACGAUACCCUAUUCGACCUAAACCCGACAAAUGAAAUAGAAAUCAUUGCUACUGCAAUGCCUAAGGCAUUAUAUGCUUACAAAAUUGCGGCUACAACUACAAACCCACCUGCCAAACGAGGCAACGAUGCCAAAUGUCUCGCCAAUAUUGAGCAGUGGGCUUUUAUAAGCUAA